AUGCCGGACGGCAGUUUCGCACUAGGGGUGCCAGUACAGCAACCUAGUGCCGGGCUUUCGGUACCCAGGAGCGCCGGGGCGGCGGAACCAAAGGGCGUCGCGACUUCGGAGCCAAAGAGCGACAGUACCACGGAACAGAAAACAACGGUAACCAUGGAGAGCGACCUUGCGGCCAUCACCGUUUCGUCGAGAAUAGCACCAUUCUGGAGAGAUAUGCCCAAGCUUUGGUUUACGCAGUUGGAGGCAAUAUUAGCACCGCAGAAACUAGGACAGGAAGCAAAGUUUGACCUGGUAGUUAGCAAGUUGGGCAAGGAAGAGCUGAGCACCGUGGGCGAUUUAUUGGACAACGCCACGGGGAGGAGUUACGAGACCCUCAAGACCCGGCUCAUUUCGGCUUUCCAGGAGAGCGCGGACCGCCAGUUUAACAGGUUGGUCAAAGAAAUGGAGUUUGGGGAGCAGAAGCCUUCGCAGUUAUACAGGAGAAUGGCCGAGGCGGCCAGGAAUGCCGAUGUUUCGGACGACACGGUGAAGAGGCUGUGGUUACAGAGAUUGCCAAUAGCGACGAGGGCGAUCCUUACGGCAGUCGGAGAAGAAACAAAAUUAGAAGAUCUGGUGUCCAUGGCGGACAAGAUAGUAGAGUCCAUGGGCUCAGGGGCGGUCGCGACUGUAGCAGCCCCGGCAGCCCAAACAACAGCGUCGUUGAACGCAGUAACAAGCGAUUUAAUUGGGGAAUUUAGAAAGAUGGCCUUGGAGCUGAACCAGCUCAGAGGAGAGGUGAGUGAGCUCCGGUCGAGACCGCGGGAACGAGACUUCAGGCAAAAUAGGAGCCGAUCACGUUCAAGGUCGACCGUCCUGAGAAGAAAACCGGACUGGCUGUGUAGAUAUCAUUUUAAGUUCAGAGAGAACGCGCGCGGAUGCAUCCAGCCGUGCGCCUGGGGGAGGCAGCAGCAGUCGGCAGGCGUGGCGCCGCCGACAGCAUACGCUUGGCAGCCACCGCAGGGAAACUAG